AUGGCACCGGGGCGUCAUAUAAUCGACGGCCUGUAUCGUUGUCUGUGUCCACAACUCAAUAGCCUGCUCUCCAGCAGGUCCGCGGUAGUCCAAUUCCACCCUCGAAACCUGUCCACUCCCGCAUCGGUAAGAUGCCUCUCAAUCACCCUUCCAACCCCCCAAUCCAUCGAUCCAGUGCCUGAGCUGGCACCACAAACCCCGCCGCCGGAGCCUCAAGGCCCCCUCCCCCCGGCCGAGGAUGCUGGCGAGGUCCCCUCUGCGCCAAGAAUCCGAAUGGUAAAUUCCCAAGGCCCAUCAUGGAACAAGCCAAUCAAUUUUGACCGGAAGGAGCGCCCGUUCAUCCGACACGGCCGGCCAGCGCUGGGUGGCAUAGAGAAAGUUAGGGACCUAGCACACCGCGGUGCGUUCCCGGAGGUCUUCGAUGAGGCCACGGCCCUCGUGGAGUCUGGAUACGAGCCGGAUCGGGAACUCUACGCAGCGCUCGUCUAUGCAUGUUCCAAUUUCCCGGGAUGUCUAAUGCAGGAUCUGGCCUUCGAGCUGGUGGGGGAGAUGAAGGGUCGAGGCAUCCAGCCAAAUAGUGAGAUAUAUCACCAUCUACUCAAGCUGCUGGCUACGUCCCCGGACUAUCUCAAGCGCACGGAGGUGCUCAAGGAGAUGAAGAAUAAUUGGCAGAUGGUAUCGGAAGAUGGGUGGCAAUGGGUUAUCGCUGGGUAUCUAAUGGGGGGAAACCUGGAGCUUGCGUUGGGGAUCAUUGAAGAGCGGAGGGGGAAGGGCUUGGUUGUGCAUCGGAGUACAUAUGAGCAUGCUAUUCACAGGCUUUGCGCUGUCGGGGAAGCGGAGGAAGCGCUAAGGAUCACCAAGACGUUGAAUGAUGAAGGGUUCUGGAGGGCGCCGGCGAAGGUGGUGCAUAAUUUGUUGGUUGUGGGGACCAAGCAGAUGCAUGUAAGUAGUUGUCAACCCUAUACCAAUGGCAUCAAUGAUGGAAGAGCAGAUGAUUGAUGACAUGCAUUUCUAUUGCAGCUUGACUGCACAAUGUGGUCCUGGUUCCAAGCGAAUGACCACCAACUCUUCAACCCGGACGACGGCAUUUGCAUACUGACUUUGAACGUCGCCGCCCGCCAUGGCAGCGCAAAGCUCGCAACGGACGUCUUCCGCGUCCUCGUGAACCGCAAGUUCGAAUUCGAAGAGCACCAUUUCGCCGCCCUGCUGGAAACCUACCUGGUAGCCCACGACCUCCCCACGGCAUUCUCAAUCCUAAACAUCAUGGAAUCUGCCAACGUGCCGCCAAAGCCAAACACAACCCGCAUCAUAGUCAACAAGCUGACCCAAAACAACUCCCCGCGCGAAAUCGAGGCAGCAUACGAAAUUCUCCUCGCUCAACGCAAGCCCAAGAACUCUGUCCACAUUGCAGCCCUAAACACCAUCAUUGCUGCGUUCGUCCGAAUCUCGGACGUCAAGUCCGCUUUCAAUGUCUACAAGGAGAUCCCCGAUUUCGACCUACGCCCGAACCUGCAAACGUUUGACUGGCUGCUCCGGGGCGCGGCGAAACAGGGGAGGAAGAAGUUCGCCAUGUGGGUAGUGACGGAAAUGCAGGAGAUGGGGAUCAAGCCUAGGGGGGAGACGUACGAGAGCCUCGUGCUGGUGUGCGCUGCCCAGGAGGUUAUCAAUGAUGCAUUCGCCUAUUUGGAGGAGAUGAAGAAUAUGGGUUUCAAGCCGAGCGCAGGGUUGUAUAAAGCGCUCGCGACGAGGUGUUGGGAGUUGAGGGAUUGGAGGUUUGAGGAGGUGAUCGAAGAGAUGGAAAAGAAGGAGUAUCCUGCCCUGGGGAUUGUGGAAAUGCUACAGCAGAGGGAGGCUGAGGAGCGGGCUGCGGUAGAGGCGCAGGAGGCCCAAACAGUGGUAGUUGCGGGGGAGGGGGAGGAGGGGGAGGAGGAGAAAGGCCCGCAGAAGGAUCCACCCGAGAAAGUUGAAGAGCAGUUUGGGCAUAAGCCGAGGUGGUAG